AUGAGAAUAAGCGGAGUCACGUUGUUCCGCGCUUCGUCGCAAUUCCGAAAUGUGGUGAAUGGGCAAUGGACGACGACGCACUACACGGUCAAGGAUCGGGCCGCGGAUCCGAGAUGGAAGGACGUCGAUAUGGCCAGAGAAAGCGACGUUUUCGACGUGGUCAUCGUCGGAGGAGGUCCGUCCGGACUCUCGGCCGCCAUCCGUCUUCGCCAGUUGGCUGAGAAAGCUCAGAAAGGUUUGAGAAUCGUCUCUGAGUUCUUCAAUAUGAUUUUCCUUUCAGAACUCCGCGUCUGUGUAGUCGAAAAGGCCGCGGUAAUCGGAGGACACACCCUUUCGGGAGCCGUGAUUGAAACGCGUGCCCUCGACGAGUUGAUUCCGAAUUGGAAGGAGCUCGGAGCGCCAGUCUUCCAGAAAGUCACCUCGGAAUCCAUUGCGAUCCUCACCGAAAAGGGCCGAAUUCCAGUGCCAGUGUUCCCGGGAGUGCCUCUCGCCAACCACGGAAACUAUAUUGUCCGACUCGGAAAAGUCGUUCAAUGGCUCGGAGAGCAAGCAGAAGCCGCUGGAGUGGAAGUGUGGCCGGAGAUCGCCGCGUCGGAAGUUCUGUACAAUGAGGACGGAAGUGUGAAGGGAAUCGCGACGAGUGAUAUGGGAAUCGGAAAGGACGGAGCGCCGAAGGACGGAUUCGCGAGAGGAAUGGAGUUCCACGCGAAGUGCACUGUGUUCGCGGAGGGCUGCAGAGGCCAUCUGAGCAAACAGGUUCUCGACAAAUUCGAUUUGAGAACGCAUCCAAUGACCUACGGAAUCGGACUCAAAGAACUCUGGGAGAUCGAUCCGGCCAAGCACCGGCCUGGAUACAUCGAGCACACGAUGGGAUGGCCACUGGUAACCUUUAGAAGUGGAAACUUUCUAAUGAACUCUUUUGUUUUCAGAAUGUCGAUCAGUACGGAGGAUCGUUCCUUUAUCACAUUGAAGAUGCCGGCCAGCCACUCGUUUCCGUCGGGUUCGUCGUCGCUCUCGACUACUCGAAUCCUUACAUGAAUCCGUACAAAGAGUUCCAAAAGUACAAGACACAUCCGUCAAUUGCCAAACAAUUGGAGGGAGGAAAGCGCAUCGGAUACGGAGCACGUGCCCUCAACGAGGGAGGAUUCCAGAGCAUUCCGAAACUGCACUUCCCCGGAGGCUGCCUUGUCGGAUGCUCUGCCGGAUUCUUGAACGUCGCAAAGCUGAAGGGAACUCACAACGCAAUGAAGAGUGGGAUGGUCGCUGCCGAGGCGAUUUUCAAAGAGAUUCAGGAGAAGGGAGACGACGUGCAAACGGUGGACCCAGUCGAAUACGAUAAGAAGGUCAGAGACACGUAUGUGGUCAAGGAGCUCAAGGCGACCCGCAACAUCCGUCCGUCGUUCAACACUUCUCUCGGAUACAUUGGAGGUUUAAUUUACUCGGGUCUCUUCUACGUUUUCGGCAGAGGACUCGAGCCAUGGACUCUUGGACACGGAAAGAAGGACAACGAGAAACUGAUCCCAGUGAAAGACGCCAAGGAAAUUGAAUACCCAAAACCAGACGGAAAGCUCACCUUCGACCUGCUCACUUCUGUCUCACUCACUGGAACCAAUCACGCCGAGGACCAGCCAGCCCAUCUCACUCUGAAGAACGAUAAGGUGCCCGUGGAAGUGAAUCUCGCCACCUUUGGAGGACCGGAAGCCCGCUUCUGUCCUGCUGGUAAGCGCCUAAUAUAAAUGUACAAUAAGAAUCGUUUCGUAUUCAGGAGUCUACGAGUUUGUGCCUUCGGAGGCGGACGAGACGAAGCAGCGCCUGCAGAUCAACGCGCAGAACUGCAUCCACUGCAAAACGUGCGACAUCAAGGAUCCUCAGCAGAACAUCAACUGGGUCACCCCGGAGAGCGGCGGUGGACCGAAGUAUGACGGCAUGUGA